CCAAUCGCUGUACGGCUAACGGGCUCAGCCUCCAAAGACUUCGUCUUGCGAAGUAAAGUCACAUGAUCGGGUGAUCGGCUGAUUGGAUAUGAGCCGAGAGGAAAACCAUGAAAAUAAGACUUCAUUAAUAGAUCUAGACGAUAAACAACGAAAAGCAGACGUUUCAUAAUCAUAAUGAUAAAACAACUGACCGCUGUUUGGAUUACUAAAGCUACGUGCAAUAUCAAAGCUCAGGUCUGUUACUGAGAGCACUCUGCACUAAACAAAAAUGAGUUUUGGAUUUGUGACUAGAUGGUUUCAAAAUGUCAAGGGAUUCUAUAAUGGCAUCAAUCCUGCCACACUAACUGGUGCUAUCGAUGUUGUCAUCAUUAGGCAGCCUGAUGGAACUUUUAAUUCAUCUCCUUUCCAUGUACGCUUUGGAAAACUUGGGGUCCUUCGAUCCAGAGAGAAAGUGGUGGACAUUGAAGUGAAUGGAGAGCCAACUGAUAUCCAGAUGAAACUGGGUGAGGCUGGGGAGGCUUUCUUUGUUCAUGAAGUGGAGUCAGAAGAAGAGGAUAUUCCAGCCUAUCUGGCAACAUCACCUCUGGUUUCUUCAUUGCUUUUGAUGGAAAAAGGAAUCGAAGAACUGAAGCGAGCAGAAGUAUCACCCACCGUACCAACCGACGAUAAGAAGACUGACCAGCCCCAGAGUGACACGCAUCUAAAAGUACGAGACCCUAGGAGUGAUAGCUCAUGGGAUGAGCCCAAGCCUUCCAGCAAGCCGAGAAGAAAAGUGCUGAAGAAGAAGAAGCAGAAAUCCUCGGGUCCUCGCCAGAGCCCUAGGUCAGUGUCUUUGCCCGAGAACGUCACAGCCAGUGAGGAUGCCAUGUUUGAGUUGGAUGUGACUAACUCUUCAGAGGAGGAGGAUGGGAAAUCUAAACUGUACAGCAACCGCAGCUCUAGUUCUCCUGAGAUGAAAGACAUGGACAUCUUGGUGCAAGGGACCACAAGCUACAGACGAAUCAAUUCUUUUGGUGGCAGCUCUUUUGUCACUCCAUUCAGUGAUCCGGAAACAUCUCCAGUGGGAAGUCCCAUUGGUACCCGGCCUUCAACUCCAAAAAGUGACACUGAGGUUGACAAACAACAUAUGGAGGACAGCCAGACGUCGGCUCUGAUGGAAACUAGCGCAACAUGGCUGUGGGGAGAGCUGCCUACCAACCUGGAGAGUGCUGCUCGGGCUGAAAAGGCAAUACAGGAUACAAAAGGUGAAGCAGUGAAGUCCAGUGGUGGGUUCAUGUCCAUAUGGAGCAGCAAGCCUUCAUCUGGUAAGAAAGAGGAAGGAAUCUACCUAGACGACCUAGCUAACAUGGAUGACCCAGAGAUGGCCAAAAUUUACCUAGGAAAGACCAGAGAGAAUGAAGAGGACACAGAAUCUGGAAGGGGUCAAUCUCUGCCUCAAUCUCCAAACUCUGUAGAGGGAGCCAUUGGUGGUCCAGUGAGCUUUACUAUGUCUGAAGUGCGCCACUUGGGCCCUGUGGCACUCUCUCUGUGCGGUGGCCUAAAUGAAGCUGAGCCGAUAAGCCUCGACAAGUUCAUGCAAAAAGUUGUGACAUUCGAGGAUUUAGCAGAAAACCCCAACAUCACCCUCAAUCCAGAUCUGGUCGUUAAAAUACAUGACAAGUUUUACAACUGGGCAACUGCUGGUCCAAUGGUGCUUUCCCAGAUAGUAUUCCACAAGCAGCUCCCUGAGCCUGCGGUGAAAGACUUGGAGAAAGAACACAUGCCCAAAAAGAAGAAAAAAAAAGGUUGGUUCUCUUGGGGCAGGUCAGCUGAGGCAGAAAAUGAGCUUGGUGCCGGAGCGACAGACGUGACUGCCACUAGCAGUGCAACCACUUCCACCACCGCCUCCGAGGCCCAAUCAGCCCCGACUAAAACUGCUGUCACUGGGGCUGCCCCAGCUGUGUUGGGGGACACUCAGUCCCCUGCAACCAAAUCAACAGACAUGAUAAAUCUAAAACCUCCUAGCGGCUCCCCAGGUGAAAGUCCCCACCCAACUCCACCUGCCAGCAAUACUAGCACACCUAAAAAGAAAUCCAAGAAAAUAGUCAGGUUGCAGCAAGAGGACAACACUUCCACAGAGACUGAUACUGAUGCUUCGGACAAAGAUGUGCCCAAACCCUCUUCCCCUCCCCUCUUGCCCACCAAGGCAAUCGCAGUGCAGGGAACCGAGGAGGAAGAGAGGCAGAGGCAUCCUUCGUCAGCCAGUGAGUCUGCUGAGGGUAAACAGAAGAAGGAGAAAUACAUCAAAACACUUCGUCUUUCCUCUGACCAAAUUGCCAAGCUGAAACUUAAGGAAGGCCACAAUGAGAUCUCCUUCUCGGUGACCACUCAGUAUCAGGGUACUACCAGGUGUGUGUCUCAUGUCUACCUGUGGAACCACUACGACAAGAUUGUUAUUUCUGAUAUAGAUGGGACCAUAACUAAAUCGGAUGCUUUGGGUCAGAUCUUGCCUAUCAUCGGCCGUGAUUGGUCCCAGUCAGGGGUGGCCCAACUUUUCACUCGCAUACACAACAAUGGCUACAAACUGAUCUACUUGUCGGCCAGGGCCAUUGGUCAGAGCAGGAGUACCAAGGAUAUGUUGAAGAGCAUCAAGCAGGGGGAACUGGUCCUACCAGAUGGACCUCUUUUCUUAAACCCCACAUCCUUAUUCAGCGCAUUCCAUAGAGAGCUGAUAUUAAAGAAUCCAGAAGAGUUCAAAAUCAGCUGCUUGAAAGACAUAGCCGACCUGUUCCCAGUCUCUCCAUUCUAUGCAGGUUUUGGAAACAAAUUUAAUGAUGUGAUAGCUUACAGGGCUCUAAACAUCCCCAGUUUCCGCAUCUUCACAAUCAAUCCUCAAGGCCAGCUUAGGCAUGACCUGUCCUUGACCUUUUUGUCUUCCUACUCUGGGAUGUCAGAUAUUGUGGAUCAUUUCUUCCCAUCCCUUGAUCACGUCGACAUGGGGACACUAGUGGAGUUUAACCCUGUCAAUUAUUGGCGCAGCCCACUGCCAGUGCUUGGGCCAGAUGAGAUUGCCACCCUGGUUACUCCUUCUAGUCAGGCCUCCCCUGAACCGGAAAAAAAAUGACUAGGGAGUGAAGGGCUUGGCGACAGCGAUGCAGUCAGCAAAGACAGCCCAGAUGAACACCAAACUGAUGGAAAAAUGAUGCCUGAUAAAGAGCCCCGUCGAAAGAGACGGUCUGUCCAAAAGUUUUUCAGUAAUCCGAUGAGGAGGUCUAGCAGUGCUGACAGUAGGCCUCGUCUCAUCAGUGACCAGAGUAGACAACUUCCUGACAGCAGAAUUGACAAAAAAACUGGCCAUGCCAGCUCUGUCCCGUCUUCUCAGCAGGUAAAGAGUUCUACAUCCUCCGCUGAAAAGCCAGUUUUCUUUCUAGAUGAUGUCGCCGAAACAAUUGGGCUAGAUUCGAAACAGGAUUUUUGUGAUGUAGGUGAGAUUUGUAGACAUAGGCAACAGCAUGGUACUCAGCAUCACCAAAGAAGCAAUCACUCUUUUAGACCUGUGAAUAAUCUCCAGGAUCAUAACUGCUCACACUCUCAUCCAUUAGAUCAUAACUGCUCACACUUUCAUCCACCAGUUAGGAACAUGCAGGAUUUGAACUCUGCUUGCUGUGCCAGUCCAAGAGAUACCAAAGACAAAUGUUUUUAUUUAUACAGCUUAUCUGAUAAGCCGCGUAACAAGGUAGCCGGUGGCAAAGACUUACAAAUGUAUAGUAGUUUGGGUGGUGCUCAUGCAAGUCUCCGUUGUGCUGUUUUGCAAGAUAUCCUUGCCUCUUGUCCUCAUCAGUGUGAGUGUGAAACGAUGCAGAACCCUCUGAGGGAAGAAACCCUGUGCUCUCCACUUUGGGAAUGGGUAACAGAUGAUGAUUACUUUGACUGCUUUGAACCAGGGGAGUACCCUGUGAAAACUUCCAACACUAGCAUGUCACGCUCCUCCUCGACUACAUCCUUCAAGUCCCUGUCAGACUCCCAGCUGGUUAUGUCACCUUCCCCCUACAUGACACCUCCGUCAACGGCCGUUUUCUCAGACAUGUUCAACUUUUCUGUGCCGUCUUCUUCGUCCAGCACCACCUCGCCGCCAGGCUCAGCUUCCACCUCAUUCACCACAGGCAGCAAAUCUUUGUCUGUACCAGUCAUGACCCUCUUCAACCACUCAUUGAAUUUUUGGACCAUGGAAAUAGACUGACACACCACAGAAGACUUUUAUUUUAUUCGCUUGUAAAUGUAUAUAGGCUUGUAUAUAUUGUACAUGAAAUGAUCAGAAGAUGCUAAAUAAAUUGUAAUUGGAAAUAGUACAGGAAGUAUAUAAUCAUAGGUGCUUGUUUGUCAUACAAACAAAUCAUAGGUGUUUGUUUUGUCAUACAAAUACAUAAACUGUAAAUCCUUCUUUUGAGUUUCAAGAUAAAAAAAAAUAACUGCCCUGAUUAUCCAAUGGUUUCUAUUCUCUCCUUUUGGCUAGGCCACUUUUGAUAAACUGAUAGAUCAUAGGCACAUCCUGCUGCUCACUUUGGUUUCUUAACCUGGUGGUAUUGCUGCCAACACUUUAUUACAUUACUGCUUGCUAUCAUAGACAUCAACUUGUGGUCGUAAUGUAGAUUCGUUUCAUAUUGUUCUUUGGAACACUUAAGUAAGUUUUGUCAGACCUUGUUAUAUCAGGCUUCAAUAUAUUUAACGACUGAUAUUUUUUUCAAAUGUACAAUGGUUACUGCUAAAAUAUGUAUAUGUGUUUUGAUAUUCGUUUAAAUAUAACUUAUCUGACUGUAUUUGAUUUUUUUUUUUUAACCUUAUUAAAACAAACAUUUUGAGAAUUUCAUUCCCGUGAUUAGCUGUAGUACUGCCGUUUGGUAAUUGUGAACAUGCACAUGCAAUACUUUUGUCCGCCAUGGAGAUUGUAAGAAUGUAAAUAAGGACGUUUAUAAUAACAAACAUUAUGAUGUAAAUAAAUUUUACGAAAAGGUGGUGACAUUACAAUGUAAAUAAUCUCCCUUUAUCUACAAAUACAAAUUCAACACUAAUUGUUUUAGAGAUUGUGAUAUUUCCUUUUUUUCAUUUAGACCCGGUGCCUAUUAAAGAAUAUUUUAUAUGAAUCAGAGACAGUUAUUAUCAUGCAGAGAGGCUGAUAUCUGAGCAUUAGACCAUUCUUCUAAUUAUCUGUAUUUUAUUGUCAGAUCUGUUAUUUGAUUUCUAAUUUAUCUGGAUUAUGUAAUAUAGUGAUGUUAUAUAUAUAUAUAUAUGAAUAAACACAAAGUAAAUUCUUUCUUUUUUUAAACUUCAUGACGUCUGCUCUCUAUAGUUUGUUAUCGCUUGUAGUUGUUGUUUUUUUACAGUUCAAUUGAUUUGCCAUUCUUUAAGUUAAGAUUACUUCUAAAUAAUUGAGUGCCAUACACAUUUUUGGUUUAAAAAGUUCAUAAUUAAUGAAAGAUAUGAAACAGGCUUAGUUUUCUUUUAAAGACUCUUUAGUUGCAAUAGUCAUUGUUUUUCCUGUGAAUGUUUUAUUUAUCAAUUGAUCAAAAUUUGAAUUUAUUAUAAGUGUUAAUGUUUUCACUUACUAUUCUUAACCUAAGACUUCUUGUACAGAAACUGUUUUCUAUAAUUGUUUUAAUAAUGGUAUUUAGUGUCACAGUUAUUGCAAGCCCCACAAAACCGAGUUUUGAGCAUAUGCCUGACCGUAGAGGCGACACUCUGCACGCCCCAUUGAACUGAGAUGUGUGGAGAUGCAUGACUGUAGGGGUCACACUCUAGAAAUCCCACUGAAUUGAGUUGUGUGGACAUGCGUGGCUGUAGAGGUCACAAUGCAAGCCCCAAAUGAACUGAGUUGUCUGGAGAUGCAUGACUAUAAAGGUGACACUGAGUUGUGUGGCUCGAGAGGUGACAAUCCUCAAGCCCUACAAAACUGAGUUGUGUGGCUUUAGAGGUGACACUAUGUAAGCCCAACAAAAAUGAGUUGUGUGGCUCUAGAGGUGACACUCCGCAAGCCCAACAAAAAUGAGUUGUGUGGCUCUAGAGGUGACACUCUAUUGUCGAAUAUCUUUUCUUUAGUUCUUGGCAUCACAUUUCAAACAUUGACGUUGUUCAGAUAUUAAAGAAUAGUAUUGUCUCCAUUUGAUUCAUUACAUAAUGAGAUGAACCAUAGCUGUUCUAGGCCUGAAGGACCCAAAAAACAUUAUCAAGCAACAAUUUAAUUCUCUCUUAUUGGCAAAGCUACUAAAUACUAACUAGCUUUAUUCUGUUCUACACCUCUCUAAAGCUUUUUUUUUUUUCUUUGUUUUUUAUAUUUGUUUGGUAUUAAAACUCUCAAGCUACUUUUCUAAUUCAAUUUAGGACUGAAGGCAGACAACUUUUGAUACUCAAUAAGAAAUUGUGUUUGAAGAACUUUUUGUAUUUUUGAAACAUUAUAUGUAGUCUUUCAGUAACUGAUAUCUGUUAAGCAUCAGUUUUCAAAACUAUAUUUGGAUUAGGAUUAUUUUUUUAUUACUUUUUUUUUGUGUUAAUUAUAUUUUGACUCUGACAUUAAUGGCAAUGCAUGAGAACGACGAAGGAGAGGAAGAAAUGGCAAUACUUUAUAUGUUUGAACUUUGACUAACCAAGCAGAACAGGCUAACCUUGGAUGACUACAACUUCUUUCAUGAGAACUAUGUUAGCAGUCAAGCUUUGGUCUAUUGAUGGUCUUUUCAAGCAAGAGUUCUGCAAUAAUGUUAUUGUCUUUUCAUUGAUUCUACUGGAAAAGAACUUUAAAAAGAUUAACUUGUGAUGUACCAAAAAUGCAUAGUAUAUUUGUUGCCUUGAUAAGCUGGGGAAAAAAAAGGACUUGUUUAUCAUGGCCUCUUUCUGAUGAAAGGGUUUCAUUAUAAGUUUGUGUUUUGUUGUGGCAGAGGAGUUGUCUUCUGACUUGUUGAGAGUGGCGUGUUUUUGUUUUAAAAUGUUCACAAAGGGGACCAACUCUUGAGUGUUGUUUCCAUCAGUGGUGAUAAUGUUUGGUAUUUUAUCCACAAUGCUAUUAGCCCCUAUGUACAUGUUUUGGUUUGAAAGAUAUUGUAAAAUUACGUUUCCUGUUUAAAAAAAAAACUAACAUUAGCUUAAUAUAAAUGUACUUGUAAUAAAGUAUUUUGGUCAGUGUAUAAAUGCACUGUAAUAAAAGCACUGUGUAAUGAUAAUUGUCAGACGUAUGUAUUGAUUGACCCCUAUACAUAAUGUUUUAAAUGUGUGGAAACAGUAUUAGCCAAUCAUGGCCUACAUGUGAGUGUUAGAUAGGUUUUAUCAUGUGCUCUAGAGAGUUAGACUAAUGACAGCAUUGAUGAGAUAUUAUGACUUUUGCUUCAGUGUAAUUGGGAUAAAACAUUUUCAGGGUGAAACGUUUCCAAUACUGAGAUUUUUAUUUUAUAUAUAUUUCUACGUUGAUUAGUUCUAUCCUUAAUAUUAAUCUAGGAAAAUGGGUUAGGUGCAAAGAAUUGCUUAUCGUGUAGAGUGGUCAAGGAAUCCUUUUUAUUACCCCCCAUUAUCUACUUACAUUACUCAGAACAUAUGACUAUUACUGCUUUGUAGUCUCAUUGAACUUGGCAUUGCAAAGUACAAAAAGUUUGUCACAUACUGUGUUGAAACAAGUCUGUAAAGUUAUUUGUUUAAGAUCAUCUAUUCAUGUAUUGAUACUUUGUAGUAUGAUUGAAUGUUUUAAAAGCCUGUUGUCAAAAAUAAUAUUCUGAUGUUUUAGCCUCAAGAUGUGGAAGAAAAAUAGUUAAAAAAGAACUCAAGUUCAUUUAUAAGCAGGCUAAUUAUAAACUAUCCACCAAUUCAGCUUGGCUGAAAAGAUAAAAUGGAUGACUGAAAAGUUUAGGAUGAAGAACGAGAUCUCUCUUGGUUUUUUUAGAUUGUAAUAGUAAACUUUGUAACUGUCUGUCCUAUGAACUGAUCUUGUAACCUCUGCUAGACAUUUCCUACUACACUAAUUCUGUUGUUCAAGAACUGAAAUAUAUGUUAGGCUACUAUGGUUGCAUUUAGGAAGUUCUCUUGUUUCAGACAUAUAUGAAUGAGAGUUGAACUUCAACAUUGUCCAUUGACCUUAUCACCAUGUCAUAUUUGGUAUUGCAAUAUCAAUGUAGUUGAUGAAAUAAAAGAAAAAAUAUCUUUGAAAUUAUA